AUUGACAAUAACAUUAUAUUAUUUUAUAUUCGGACAUGGAAUCGAUUCUACAGGUGAAAUUGGAGCAACCUAAUAUCAAGGAACGGUUGAAUUUGCAUGUCAAGAGGCGCCUGCAACAGGAUACAGAAAGCACAGGCGACAGCAUCGAGCCAUACCCUGGGGAUUUGUCUGCUAGCGCGGGGAAGCGUGGCAAGGCGAAGGAAUCUCUGAAACAACGCAAACCAUAUCAAAAGCGGACGGAAAAGAAUAAAACGGAGACCACAAAGUGCAAGAAAGCAACGCAAAUCGCCAGCCCAGCGCUGGAAGCGGAGCCACUGGAGGAGCAGGACGAGCCAGGAGGUUCCCCAGAGGCUGCAGAGCACAAGUCGACUAGCCGGGAUCGUUAUAAGAAUGCCGACAUACUGAAUAUGGUGUUGAGCUCCAAGAAACGUGCCCUAAUGCAAGAUCCCGAGGUUCAGGCAUUCUGGACUCGCAUCAUGGCAGUCAUCAAGAGCUAAGAGGCGGCCGCGCGACUGUUAGGCAACAGAGCUCUGUUAGGGGUCGAAACGGCUUUUCGAAAUGUAUGUUAAUGGGAAUGCUCUGUUAGCUGAGUGGAUGGAAUGGGCAUGUUGUUUUUUGCAAAACUUGUUAAGUUAAAUAAUUGUAGAACUGGAAUUGAAUAUUCCUUGUGUCAGUGCGCAGUCUCCGCUCUCGCAUCUUGCCGGCCGAAGCGGUGGCCUGCGGACAGCUGCAGACUUUCCGCUCAGAAGGAAUUUCACCGUGUCUGGGGUUGCAUCGCGUCGCGUGACCGCACUUCAAAAGCCAAACCAAAUCUAAAAACACUAAAAUAU